AUGGGUGGACAUUCUCGCAACAGACCGGAACAAGCUAAUAAAACAAAAUACAUUUCUACAACAAAGCACACAGAAACGGCAUACUUGAGCAAGAUUAAAAAACCAAGCAAAAGGGUUGUUAUGCCAACUGUUGAUAAUACCAACCAAGAAAAAAGCUCAGUAGAGGACACUGCUACAGAAACCAAUUCUAAUAUCAAUGAUAAUGUGGCCAUGUCUUGCUCCUGCUCUUACUCAUCCAACCAAUCAAGCAACUUAUAUACUGAUACAAAUAGUAACAUUGAUGCUGACUGCAACCACUCGGACUUGAAUACUGGCAAUUAUUAUACUACAGUCAACCAUAGUCCAACAAAUACUGUGCUGCUACAUUCUCAAAUACUUACGAGUUUGGCAGAUGCAUUUCCUGACCACACAGAAUCUGCUGUUUUGGAUAGCCUGCAAGUCUGUAACUGGGAUGCUGAUCAAGCUGCCGAUCGUCUGUAUGCUCUGUCACUAAACUCCACUGUCGUAUCAGAAGAGCAAGCAUUAGAGUUUCCAUCAGAAGAGGUUCGAAUGCAAGUCAUUCAACCACGAAACAUGCUCACUACUGCUCCAUUGACUGCAAAACAACGCAUGAAGUUACUUCAGAAACAGUCCAAACAAAAUUCCUUGUCAGUCCCUAAUCAUUCUGACCAGCUCCAGCUCAGUUCUAUAAACUCCAUAUACACAGAUAAAAAUCAUGAUCAGGAUAUAAAGUUGCUUGGCGAGAUCUUUCCGCAAAUACAUUCUGAUACAUUGAACGAUGCUUUAAAUGCUCAUCAAGGUGAUUUGACCAAUGCAGCGGCUACUCUAUCCAAAUGGACUCAAAAGGCUGAUGGUGUUCUUGAUAUCAGAAUGACAGAAACUUUGUUGGAAAAAAUGCAGCAACUAUUUCCUUUUAUGCCUGCCCAACAACUUAUAUGUGCACUCAAAAAAUGUGAUGGAGAUGUUACUGUUGCAGCAAAUAUGCUGCUCCACGAGCCAGUUUCUGUUUUAUCGCCUUCUGAUUCCAAAUCUACAGAAAAAGACAAUACCUGUUCGUAUCUUAAUGCAACAAAAAGCAACACUACAACAGUAACGAAUCGUGUCGAGAUGAACAAGAAAGAGAAGCAAAAUCCUGGCACGUUGGGUUUGUUUGAAAAUGGAUAUACCAACGCACAAUCAGACAAAGGUGGCGAGUUUUCUUGGACAUAUAUGGGCAAUCAACUUUCUACUAUAUCAGGCAAAUCACAAUUAGCUACAAGCACUGGCUCUAAAUUUGCGUUUUCUGGAUCAUCGAAUGAGGAAGAUCCGCAUAUAUUGCGAUCCAAAGCACAAGAGUAUCUCGAGUUACGCAACACGUCUUUCCGCAAAGCCGCAUCUGCCUUUAUAAAAGGGAAACCCAGUGGGAAAGCUGUUGCUGCAUACUAUGCACAGCGAGGCCAUGACCUGUCUGCCCAGAUGUGGUCUUUAAAUGAUCAAGCAGCUCAAGCGCAACUCGAUAUAAACAGAACCAAAAGCAACAACGAUUGCAAUGUACUGGAUCUACACGGACUUAGUUUGAAGGAAGCCAAGCAAGCAGCAUCUGAAUAUGCCAACGAAUGGGCAUGCAAUCGUAACUCGGGACGUAAACUUAAGAUUGUUACUGGAGCAGGGAAUCACUCGGUUGGUGGUCAAGCAAGACUUUAUUCUGGUGUAUGGUCGCAUCUACAAAAAUGUGGAUGGUCAAUUGAAGCAGGCGGAAACGGAUGGUUUUUUGUAAUGCAAUAG